CUUAUAGUUUAGAAAAUGCGGGCAUUGCUAAGCGCUAUUAAACAAAUAUGGAAGAUGAAAAAGUGGUAGUAGCAGACAAUAUUGUUGCUAAGUUUGAAAAAUAUGAAGAUUUUUUAGACAGUCAAAUAACACCUUUAGAUUUAUAUUACUUAGAGGAUGAGGAAUUAGCGAGACAACUUGUUGAACUUGGUUAUCGAGGUAGUGGUGAGGUUUUGAAGCGGGAAGAGUUUAUUGCUCGAAAACUAGCAGCAGAAGCCAGUAUUUUAUCAAAGCGUAACACUCAAAAAGUUUUAGCAAGCUUUGGAAAAAAUUUUGUUGAUCCAUUUUUAAAUGCACUUGCAGUAAGAGAAGAAUUAAAUAGAAAUGGGAAACUAACUACAAUUAUUUUUAUUAGAGAUAAAAAUUCAAGAGGCCAAGAGAUCUCCGGCUACAUAGAUUAUUCAGAAAGAUUGAAGAAUGAAGAUUUUGAAAUAUAUUUUUCUGAAAAAAAGCGGUUGCUACCACGCCCAUCUGAUUUGAGUUUUUAUAAUUGGGACACUCAUGUAUGUACUUCUCGAUCAUCGGCAAAUUAUCAGGUGAUUGCAGAAAAUACAAGUGGUUUGCUGUUUAAAAAUAAAAAAGAUAGGAAAUUUUUAAAUGUUGAUCCAAAAGCUACUUCUCCUGGCGAUAAUUCUUCAAGAAUUUCCAUUUCGUCAUCUAAGUACAUCCAAGUUGUUUUGUACGACCACGUGACAAGAAGAAAAACUUGAUUCUGUCAAAUUUACUUCUAAAAAUAAGUCUUUAUAUAUA